UACUUAGUAUUUUUAUUACAGAGUUAGUAGAAAGAUCGAAAAGACGAUGGCUCGACUAAGCUUCAUUGUGACGAUCAUCGCCGUUGCACUGGCAUGCGUACUCGCGGAAGAAGAGUUGUAUUCGAAUCGGUACGAUGAUAUCGAUAUCGAUAGAAUUCUUGAGAAUAAAAAACUGCGAUUGCAAUAUUACAACUGCUUCAUGGACACCGAACCGUGCAGAACCGCAGAUGCGAAAUUCUUUCAUGAGGUCAUAAGUGAAGCUAUGCAAACUCAAUGCAGAAGGUGUACUGAAAAACAAAAAGUUCUUUUAAACCGCAUGGCCGAUUGGUAUACGCAGAAUGCGCCUGAACAAUGGGAAGCCUUCAUUAGGAAGACUCUAGAGGAUACACUACAGAAAAAAGGUUAAAUGAAAGACUUGACCUAUUGACGACAAAGAAAACUUCAAUAGUUAAUCAUCUAAAAAAUUAUCUUUUACAUCUGAAAAAUCUUAAUAUCAAUCAGAUGAAAAGAAAUUAAAGCUGUAUUUUGCGAUAUUGCGUAGUGUAGUAUAUGUAUAAUGUUACAUUAUUAGAAUAAAUAUAUUAAAUAAAUUCAA